UUCUCGCUACAGAGAUUUUGCGACAUUGAUUCGCAGCAGGAUCAUCGAAGAUUGAAACCCUAAUGAUGGAAUCGUCUUCUGAUCGUCAUGAGGGUGGUGUUGUGGGCUUCGGUUUAGUUGGUGAUGCUAGGGUUUCUGGGGAUGGAAAGGGGGUUGCCGUGAAGUCUGAUGAGGGAAUUUCGAGUGUUCUUGAGGAUGGGGGAAUUGAUGUGCGCUUGAAUGAUGAAGUUUCAGGAUCAGUGAGUAAUGUCGAUGAUGAAAAGAUUGGGGAAAAUUUAGUGGAAUUGGGAUUAGAUAGACCUGUAUCUAAAGUAGAUGAGUUCCAUGCAAUAGAUCUUGUUGUUGAUUUAAAUCGUAGUUCUAGAAAAGGAUUUGAUCAUAAUUGGACCAAAAUGAAUGCUGGUUUGGGUGCCAAUGAGAAACAGGCUAAUGAUGUUGAAUUAACUGAAAAGGAAGGUGAAUAUGGGGUGUUGGAUUUAGUUUGGGGGAAGGUGAAGAGCCAUCCUUGGUGGCCUGGUCAGAUUCUUGAUCCAUCGGCUUCAACGGAUGAGGCAAGGAAAUAUUUCAAGAAAGAUGGUUUUCUCAUAGCGUAUUUUGGGGACAAGACGUUUGCUUGGAAUGAAUCAUUCCAUAUUAAGCCCUUCCGUAUAAGUUUCUAUAAAAUGGUGAUUCAAAGCAAUGCUGAAGCUUUCUGCCGUGCUGUGGAUCAGGCUUUGCAUGAGGCUGGUAGACGUGUGGAGUUGGGGCUGUUGUGUUUGUGUGUUUCUGAAGAAGUUUACAGUAAAGUUAAGUCACAGAUUGUUGUUAAUGCUGGGAUUAGGAAAGAAUCCAGUAGAAUAGAUGGUGGGGAUAGAUUUUCGACUGUGGCUUCUUUCAAACCUGCCAAUGCCAUUCAGAAUGUUCUAGAUUUAGCUAUGAAUCCAUUUGGAAUGAGUAAAUUGGAGGUUUCAACCGUGAAAGCUCAGUUAUCGGCAUUUAACCGUUGGAAAGGCUACCAUCAGCUUCAUCCAAACCAACUUUUAGACGGUUUGGAUGGUGAGUUUGAUGACUAUAAUUCUGGGAUUGAUUCAACGAGGGAAGAAAAGGUGGUUUCAACUGUGGCGUCUUUCAAACCUGCCAACGUCAUUCAGAAUGUUCUAGAUUUGGCUAAGAAUCCAUUUGGAACGACUAGAUUGGAGGUUUCAACCACAAAAGCUCAGUUAUCGGCGUUUAACAGUUGGAAAGGUUACCAUCAGCUUCAUCCAAACGAAGUUUUAGAUGGUUUGGAUAGUGAGUUUGAUGACGAUAAUCCUGGGAUUGGUUCAAUGAGGGAAGGAAAGGUGGUUGACGUUGAAAUACCAACUGGGAGAGUAACUAAAAAAAGAAAGUUGAAUGGUCGUGGCAGUGUUCUACGAAAGAGCAAACCCGUGUUUGAUGGUGGUUUGCACCCAAGCAAGAAAGUGAGAUGCAUGUCAGAUUUGAUGUCAAAUGGGAACCCUAUUGUGUCCGAUGGGAAGUCUAAAACUGGAAAGGCUGGCAGAAAAUGGAAAGGUAUUACAUCUAAAGGCACUAGUGAGGGGAUUCAAAUCCAAACUGCAGAUGAAUUUCUUUCACAGAUCUGUCUCGCUGCCAGAAACCCAAUGGAAGGACAGCAUAACCUCAUGUUGUUGGCCAGAUUUUCAUCUGAUUUUAGGAAUUAUCGCCUGGAAAUGAACCCCCUACUGGGAGAAGACAAGAAUGAUGUGGACCAAAUUGUGGAAAUUGUACAGCAAUCUGAAGCUACCGAGGUGGCUGGAUUUACAGGCGUUAAAGACUCUUACUGGACAGACAGGAUCAUUGAAGUCAUUCCUGAUGAGCAAGUCUCUUCUGACUCUAAGUCUUUGAUAGUUGAUUCUAGACCAAACCCCAACCAGGAGAGCUCUGCAACUGCGUUAAUCCUCAAGUUUUCAAGUUUGGAUUCUGUUCCAUCGGUACGGAAUCUGAAUCAGAUAUUUGGCCGCUAUGGACCUCUAAGAGAACUGGAGACAAAAUUGAUUAAGACGAAGAACUGUGUGAAAGUGGUGUUUGAGAGGCGGGGUGAUGCAGAAACCGCAUUCAGCAGUUCUGGGAAGUUCAGCAUCUUUGGGCCGGCUCUCCUCAGUUACUGCCUUGACUACUCACCAAAACUCCGGAGAACACCUACAGCUGGCAGACAGGCAAACAAAAGGGCGUGAAAUCAACAAAAAACGAUGCGGUUGGAAAAUUAGACGAGCCCAAUAUAGGUACUGAAGUAAGAUCAGCUUUAUUGGUAAUCAUAUAUAUGACUUUUAACUUUGAGCAGGCUUAUGUUUUUUUAUGCCAAUUUUGCUUGGCUUAUAGAGUUUGUUUGGCACUGCUUGGUUUUUGACCUUUUCGGUUUGCAAAAAUAAAC